AUAGUUAAGUAUCCAGUCACAGGACACAAACGCUAAGAUGGCGAAAGCUCGUGUUUUCAACAUAGUCAAGCGUUUCAGUGGCUAUCCGGUCGAACAAGACUUCGAGCUAGUCGAGCAGCAGCUGAAACCUUUGCAAGACGGAGAAGUUCUUGGAAAGACUCUCUACUUGAGUGUGGAUCCCUACAUGAGGAUUUACGUUCGGAAUCUUCCGUUGGGGUCGCCAAUGAUUGGUGGAGCUGUAGCAAGAAUUGUAGAGUCAAAGAACCCACAAUUCAAAGUGGGUGACAUUGUUUAUGGUCGAAUAGGCUGGAGGACAGCAUUUGUAUCAGACGGAAAGGACCUAACGAAGGCAACUCACCUUCCAGCAGAUGUUCCUGAAUCACUCGCAAUUGGAACACUUGGCAUGCCCGGUCGUACAGCAUACUUUGGGCUGCUCGAUGUGUGCAAACCACUAAACCCUGGAGCCGUUGUUUUGGUCAACGGAGCAGCUGGAGCCGUCGGAAAUGUUGUCGGUCAGAUUGCAAAGAUCAAGGGCUGUGUAGCAAUCGGAUAUGCAGGCAGUGACGAGAAAGUUGAAUAUCUGAAAUCGAUUGGAUUCGAUCAUGCAUUCAACUACAAGAAGGUCGACAUUCAUGAGAGUUUGAGUAAAGCUGCACCGGAUGGAGUCGAUGCUUUCUUUGAUAAUGUUGGUGGUGACUUUGCUGAUACUGUUAUUCUACGUCACAUGAAACAGUUUGGCCGAGUUGCAAUUUGUGGCAGUAUUUCUCAGUACAACUUGAAACCAGAAUCAGAAGCCGAAGGUGGUAAAGGUUUGUUUGAUGCUGUUACCAAAGGGCCACGUCUACAAGGAGCCAUCCUGGGUCAUCAACUAAAAGUCGAAGGAUUCAUUGUUUUGCGUUUCGCCGACCGCAACGACGAAGCCAACAGUGCACUUGCCCAAUGGGUGAAGGAGGGAAAGUUGAAAUGGAGAGAGCAUGUGACUGAAGGAUUUGAAAACAUGCCGAAGGCGUUCAUUGCAAUGCUCAAGGGUGCAAACAUUGGAAAGGCCAUUGUGAAAAACACGGAGUAGUUGCUUACUGAUCAUGAUCAGACUACUUGCCAAUGUGCUACCAGUUUUAUCAUAAUUGUUGUUGUUAAUGGUCAAUGAACUGUA